AUGCAAAUGCAAUUGCUUCAGCACCACUCGGUGCUCUCAGGCGCGGAGGAACGACGCUUGAAAGAAGCUCGGCCGCUGGAGUGGAUUCACUUCCCGAAGGCCGGCAGCUCCUUCAUCAACGUCAUUACCCACCUGCCCGGCACCUGCCCAUCUCUUGCCAAUUACCUCAGCCCGGACACGGUCAGUGGCGGCACCUGCUGGCUGUCCCACUGGUUUCAAAACGAUUGCACGCGUGUGUGCAAUGGGAGCAGAUACUCAUGCCCUCGGGGGGGCUGCCCACACCUCCCGGUGACCAACUACUCUGCCCAGCGGGGCCACAUGGUGGGAAUGUUCCGCGAUCCGGAUCAGCGUAUCAUUUCGGGCUACCAUGAUGAUGGGAACAACUUUGCUUCCUUCACAGAGCAGAACUUCGGGAUUCUCAGAAAAGUUUCAAAAUGCAAGGGAGAUCUUCUGAGAGGAGCACCGAAGAGACCGCUCCUCGAGUUCGCCGAGAGGUGGAAGGGCGGAAUGACGUACCAGCUCGUUCCCACAGACCCAGCCAUUCUAGCAGUGGAUCCGAUGCGGCCAGCAGUGACGAGAGCGGACGGCUUGGAGGCCGCGCGGAGGGUGCGGGAGGGCUUCGCCUUCGUGGGGAUCGCGGAAGACUGGGAUUUGUCCAUCUGCCUCUUUCACAAGAUGUUCGGAGGAGCAUGUCGUGCCGAGGAGUUCCAAGACACAAGGCCCGGCUUUGCAGGGAAGAGCGCGGACCAAGAUUACAACAUCUCCAAGCUUCAGGGCUGGCAUGAUGAUAUUGAUGAAGUGGUGUAUACCGCCGCUUUGGACGUUUUUCGCCGAAACCUCAUCAUGUUCGACGUCUCGCAAGAGACCUGUCAGGAGUGUUACAGUGCAGCUACAGUCACACACGGAGAGACUUAG